AUGGCCCUAAACCCGCAAUUGUACGGCAACGGGAUGCCGGUAGCAUUCGUCAACGAGAUGUUCGUCUUAAUCAGAGACGGAAUUGAAUUCGAGAUCAACAAAAUCCACGGGGCUCGUGGAGGAACCAUUAAAACAAAGGGUAAACUCUUUCUGUCAAAUGUCCGCAUGGUUUUUGUUGCUGAUAAACCUCCUACAGAUUUCUUCUAUGCUUUUGACAUGCCCCUGCUUUAUGUGCAUGAUGAAAAGUUUAAUCAACCAGUCUUUCACUGCAACAAUAUAUCUGGACUUGUAGAGCCUGUGGUGGCAUAUGAUCAAAACAGGGAAAUGUACCCUACUCACUCUUUCAAGAUUCUGUUUAAACAUGGAGGUUGUGGGACAUUUGUGCCCUUGUUUUUCACCUUGAUAAAAUCAGUGAGACAAUAUAAUCAACAAUUUCAAGCUGGAAAUGAUCCUUUAAGAGCAGCCCAAACUCCAGUUGAUGAAAUGAUGCAUGCAGCAUAUGUUGAUCCUAGUGAUCCCACAAAGAUCUUUCUGCAGCAACCUGGUUCAGAAACACAUAAGCGGGACACAUACCAUUCUUAAUCUGAAUAAUUGAUGUAUGAAUCUUUUUUAGUCUAAAUUAGGUUUGUAUUGAUACAUUUGAACAUAAAUUCUAGUAAAUAUUGUAUAUUUUUGGUUGGUUUGUUUUAAGUCGAGAACAAUUUUAAAAUUUGUUUAAACUGGUGAUUUUGUUUUCCAUUUGGUGAAUGUUAUUUGCUAACUUAGUCUG